GUGGAUCACCGUGGUUGUGGUGGACAUGGUUCCGGGGUCCGUGUACGCGUGUCUGGCGGGGUUCCUGGGGGCCGCGGCCUCUCUGGCGGCCAAGCUGUCUCUGGGCCCGGACCACCUGCGGGACAUGUGCCAGUCCUGGCACGGAGGACCCGCCUGCGACUGGCUGCACGUCCCCUUGCGGCUGCUGUGUGCAGGUGUGCUGCUCACCUGCAACACCGUCAUGUGGACCUUCUUCUCCAGAGCUCUCCAUCACUGCUCCUCCUCAGCCAGAGCCACCGUCACCACCACCGCCUCCACCUUCAUCUGCUCGGGCGUCCUGGGGAGGCUGAUCUUCGGGGAGACCCACGCUGCUCUGUGGUGGGCCGGCAUCGCCCUCACGCUCUGUGGUCUGCUGGUGCUUCACGGGCGUCCUGGGGAGGCUGAUCUUCGGGGAGACCCACGCUGCUCUGUGGUGGGCCGGCAUCGCCCUCACGCUCUGUGGUCUGCUGGUGCUUCACGGUACAACGCCGCAGACUCCUCCACAAGUGCACAGCAAAAAGGAACAGUGACGUCUCAAGCCGGGCUCUUACUGUCGGGUUAAAAAGAAAAACCCUGGACUCAGGUGCAGCUUUUCCACUGGCUGGUUGUUCACUAGGGCCUGUGGAUGGUUACGUUACCGUAAUGGACGUUUAUUAUCACUAUUGACUCAUCCUUCGAUGGAAAUCUUCUCAUUCCUUAGCAAAUGUCCCUUUUUUAAAUCAUUAUUUUGACUGUCAGAGUUUUGCCUUUAUAACAGGGAACAAUAUACACAUAUCAAACUAUACAGGACUGUCUCAGAAAAUUAGAAUAUUGUGAAGUUCUUUUUCUGUAAUGCAAUUUAAAAAAAAAAAAAAAAAAAAAAAAAAUGUCAUACAUUCUGGAUUCAUUACAAAUCAACUGAAAUAUUGCAAGCCUUUGAUUAUUUUAAUAUUGCUGAUUAUGGCUUACAGUUUAAGAUUAAGAUUCCCAGAAUAUUCUAACUUUUUUGAGAUAGGAUAUAUAUUUUUUGAGAUAGGAGAGUUUUCUGAAGCUGUAAGCCAUGAUCAGCAAUAUUAAAAUAAUAAAAGGCUUGCAAUAUUUCAGUUGAUUUGUAAUGAAUCCAGAAUGUAUGACAUUUUUGUUUUUGUAAUUGCAUUACAGAAAAUCACAAUGUUCUAAUAUGCCCUAUAUGCACCAGUAUGUUACACUGAUGGUUAAACUUUGGUAUGAGAAUACAGUCAAGUCUAAUCUUGGUGGAUCCGUAAGGUCUGCCCAAGUGCUGUACAUAUAUAUAUUUAUUAUAUAUUUGUAUUCUGUUUUAUUACUUAUUUGUACACUUUCUGCAUGUUCAAAAUAAAAUCUUCUCAUCAAAUCAAAUCAAAUUCUAAACACUUACCAUUGCUGAAUUGAAUGUGAUUUAGUUUCUUAUUUUUUCCACUUUGAAUUCUUUCCAUGCACUCAAAAUGAUUUGGGAUCUUCAAAAUUGUCAAAGUAACUUUUCAUACGUUGAUUAUCACCAGUUUUCUUAUAGCCUAAACAAAUAUUGUUGCUAACAGACAUUCAUGAAUAAAAUGACAAAAAUGCAUUUCAUAAUCCCGGCAUGGUUGAUUAUUUCCAUGACACCUGUAACAGGACAAUUUAUAUCUGUACUAAUCAACUCCACCUGAAUUUAAUGCAGAAAAAGUGGUGGAACCAGAACAUUGAGCAUAAGCUUAAAUUACCUUUGUUUGGGUUUUUUCUUUGGCUCCAUCUGGUGGUAGUUUCAGGUAUGACAUCAUAGUAGACUUCACCUCCAAAACCAUGAAGAGCUGGAAAUGUCCCUUCAUCACUGAUGGGUCCAGAAUGUGUCACAUUAGGCCAAGAUUAUAAUGUUUUAUCUGAGACGACGGUUAUUGUUGCUAACUGUUGUGCUGGAUAUUAGGAUGCACCGUCGUUCCUUCAGAAAUAUGCUACUUAAACUAUUCUGAAGUCAGUUUUUACAUUUAAAAAAAAAAAAAUUCAGUUCCAUUCCCAAAAAAGUACUUCAUUUUAUAAUAUAUUUUAUAAUAUAUAAUAAGGAACACCUCAUCAACCCGAUUGCCUUCACCCUUCCUGGCGUGGUUUUAUUUAAUUUAAUUUUUUUAGCCCCUUUUUUUGAGUGAAACGAUUUUUUUACUAUUUGACUCGAACCUGAAUUGAAUUACCGGUAGAUACAUAUUUUUGAAUGCCAUGAACACAUGGAAAACAAAUUAUUAUCCAGCAAUUCACUUUAAUACAAAAUGAAUAAAAUAAGUAUCUUUCUUAAACAGAAACCUGUCCUGCUUAACUUUAAAUUGUAUAAAUUAAUAAAAAACAAUAGAGAGAAAGCAGAACAUCCAUUCUGUAAUAGUGCACAUUUUUAGUACAAUAACAAAAGUGCAAACAGAAAGUCUGUAGAAAACUUGUAAACAUAUUUGUGCCUCAAAGGCCAUGACUGUAGGUUACAGUUGGAGUAAAACAGAAAAAAAAACCCGUUGGCAACCCUAAGGUCAAGUAAAACCCGAGUUCUAAUAACUGCUAUACAGCUGGUGUUUUCGGCACAUUGCCAUCAUGUUUAGAUUAAAAUAUUCUCCUGCAGCUGCAGCCAUCGGCGGCUGGGGAGAGCAGAGUGAAGUAGACGGAUGCCCCGGGUGGAUGGGAGACACGACGCCCUGGAGCCUCCAGGGCGUCCCCCUGGCGUCCCACCUAGACUGCACCGAGCUGUUUCUUCUUCUAUUCACUUGUAUUGACGCAACAGGCGUCACCACUAGUUUGGGGGUGGAACUGCAGCAAUGAUCAUCAAAUUCUCAGCUUGCCCGUUGAUUGACAGAACAGGGGCCAAUCAGAUUACAGGUGGGGCCUCGGCCCCCAUGGCCCCACCCCUAGAUCCGCCCCUCCCUGGAGGUGUCAGGACAGAAUGUGCAUCUGUGUUUUGGACGAUAAAAAUAUUUUUAUUGUGGCAAAAAUAGUUUGAGUGGCGUUUUAUUUGGACACUUGAUUUGUUUGGAAAGCCAGAAAACCAGAGAAUGCCUGCAUUUUAAUGUAAAAGGUCUCUCUCUGCAGGUGGUCGUGGGUGGCUUGUAGCUUGCAUUACGGAGCACAAGUCUUUCCCUGACCCUGCACCCCAACCUGGGACUUGCUGAUUGGGCCG